AAAUCGGGAGCUGCUUGGGUCAAGUGGCUUCCCUCCUCUCCCGAAGAAAGGGCUUUGGAGGGGUUUAAACAGCCAGAGAACGCCCCCAUUUUAUAGGGACGGGUUGCGUGGGGGGCAGCGAUCCCGCCAAGGUGGAUGUUAGGCUGGUGAGAGCCCGAACAAAAAUGUUAUUAACUUAAGUUGGAGGGACACUUGUGAGAAAUUGGAUGGCUUGUAAGAUGGCGGUUCCCAGUUGUUUCCAAGGUCUCCUGCGUUUGUGUUUAAAAUGGUAAAGUUUUCAAGGUGUUAUUUGUUGGGAGUCUUGGAUAAGUUCUUCAAACAUUACUUGGGACGUGCUCACUGGGAAGUGGGCAUUUCAAAUUUGGAGCUUUUUUUGGAGUGAUGAUGGUGAGUGGACGUUAGUCUUGCAAGAGGUUUCCUCUCUUUCUUUCUUUUUUCCUCUUUUUGUUUUUUUCUGUCUCAGAGACUACAGUUUUUCUCUCAACCUCUAGUAUGGGAUGCACUUAGAACCAUGACUCAAGUCCACAACGUUUUACAGGUUUGGUAAAUGUCAGCUUAGGUCAUGUGGUGAGGAGAUGCUUUGGAAAACGAGCACUAAAAAGUUGAUGGCAUAUGUUUACGCAGUCUUUUGGGUUUGACAGCCGUAUAGCAUGAUCUUUUUCCCAAAGAUUUACAGUUAAUAAUUGGAAGUAAACAAGUAUAGAGACUUUGAUCAUUCCCAAUUGCAAUAAAAGGAUUUAGUGGGCUUAGUGGUCACGGUUCAGUAUUUGAAAUACAAGCAUGUAUUAACCCCUUCCCUUAAAGUAGGCAAAAUUCUGGGCAUAUUAUUCAAAUCCAAGUGUAGGUUGGUGAUGCCUAGAAUGUUAUGAGUAGUUCAACCUAUAUUUUAUAGGAAGCUUAACCCCCAAGUUCUGGAAACGUAUUAUAUACUACGCUAAAGUCUUGAAACCUAAGGAUGCCAAUUGUUAACAGCAUAUGCUAACUUAUGAGACUAUAUUAACAUUUGAGUUUUAUUUUAAGUAGAAUCCCUUAGAGGUUGAUUUUGUGGGCAAACAUAUAUUUUUUUAAUAUUUGAGUUCAUUCCCAUACAUCUGCCCCAAAGUGCAAAGGUGUUUGAAAUAACCUACUGGUGUAAAUUUACACCUGGUAUCUUUAAAGCCAUAUAAGUCACUGUGUAUGCAUGUGUGUAUGUAUACACACACACAUACACACGCUUCUGUAAGAAAAGUGAGCAUUUAGUUGUACUUGAAAAAUCCAUUAAUGUUCUACCAUCAAGUCCUUGGAUGUGCAUUAAGUGCCCCCAAAGGUAAAAUUCUCCCUAGAAGUCAAGUUAACCCAAAGUUUACCCAUACUUGUAUUGACCUGGGAGCCCCAACUGGGGUUAUAGAGUUUAUUUGCAUGUGUUAGAUUGCAAUAGUCAAGCUGAUUGUUAACAUAAGAACUUGCUUCUGUUUUCCUUCAUUUUGACAUUACUGGUGUUAGGCCUCCAACUAAAGUGACAGCCCCAACUGAGUAUGUUAUAAUGGCAAGUUUAAACUAUUGAGUAUUUUUUCCAUUGUAUGUUUGGUGCAUUUUUGCUUGCUUAACUGGCAGUUCUGUGGUGGAACCUAGAAGGUUUUCCUUUCUAAGGUGCAAGAGAUUGUUUCUGAAACCUUAUCAAGCAUGUCAGAUGUUUUGGAAGUCUUCAUUAGGUUCCCAGUACUUUCAAGUGGUAUAUAAAGAUAAAGAACUGAUUCUUAUACAAGUAACAAAGUGGUAUUUACUAGCAUUAUAAAUGGUUAUAGGGUUGUGGUCAAAUUCUUGUGAAUUGAAGUAGAGGAGUUGUGUGAAUUAAGACUUAAAAUGAAUUUGAAAGGGUUUUGGUCAAGUACAUGAGACUUAAACGUUCAAAGCCAACCAGUAGAUAACCUUUUAUUGAGGUCUGAUUGUUCUGUGUGUUAAUAUUUGUGUUUGUCUGGUGUUGAUUUUAUGUAAAGUAGAGGAGAAAUAAAGGCAGCUGUUUUUAUUGAUGCCCCUUCCUGAACUUCAUGAUCGGUGGCAUUAGUGUGAUGUGCUUUUGCAAGGGGACAGAAGUAUCACCUUGCUAACUAUCUUUCUAGUAAAGGUCCUGCUGUUUCAUAAGGAGAGUUUUCUUUGAGAACCAAGAAGACUUGUCUUUAAUCACCAAGUACAAUAGAAUUAAAUAUUGCUACUUUUUAGGGACACUGCUCCAUCCACAACUCCUCUGUAAUCCCACUUAGAUUUAUAUUAACAAUAUGUUGACAAUAUUCCUCUAAACAAGUCAUCCAAAGAUAACUGAGGAGUCACACAUGACGUUUUCUGGUUGAAGUCACUGGUUGCCACUGUGGUCACUUUUCAUAAAAGAGGCUUUGUUUUGUUUUUACCGGUUUUUUUUGUUGUGUGUGUGUGUUUUUUUUUAGUACUCUAAAACUUUUAGUUUCAGCCAUUGAGCUGUGUUGAUUAGUAUUUCCCUCUCCUGCAUUAAAAUUCCCUGAGAAUUAAAACCUCAGAUGCAUCUUCAAGUUUCACAAGUUCCUAGAUUUCUGUUCAAGGCAGCUUUGAGAAUGUGCUUCAGAUAAGUCUGGAAGCUUAGUCUUAUUUCAGAUUCUGAAAUGAAUGAAGUGGGAGUAAGAAAUGCAUUUUUCAAGCAUACUGCACGAAGUAAUUGACUUCCCUGAUUGUCCGCUAUUGUAUUGUUGCUGACAGUUCCCCACCGUGACUUUUCUAUAACAUACGAUAUCUGUUGGGAAUAGCAUUUCAUUGUGUGGGGUUUGCAUGGAGGUGAGGCUGAGAAAAUGACAUUUGUUUUUCUCUGCUCUCGGUGCUCUGGGUUGACAAGGUGUUGAUUUAGCGUUGGGAAUGGGCUGGUCACAUGGUUCUUUACUUAUUGUCACUGCCAUCGAUUCAGGUAGUUUUUCUUGCCUCUAUCCAGCAUAGCUCAGGUAAAACACAAGGCUUUGCCCACUUCUUGUCUGCUAUGAAACAGAUUUCAGUUUUCAGCCUUUCCAAAACUUUGUAUCGCUCAUCCUAAUCUACAGAAGAACUUCCUAUUAGAGAAGAAAGCUUUAAAGAGUUUCAGUUCAAUAAACAUCUCUGCAAUUUGAGCCCUGACGGUUUCGGGCUAAGUGCACAGUUGGCAAUUCUCAAAAGAUCCCUUCAUGAAAUUUUUGACCUAGUGAUUGCUAACAGGAGAGACCGAAAGAGUCAAGAUCUGAAAGAAACUCUUCGCGCCGAGUCGACGUGGAAAGAGGCCCCCAAGAGUGUCCGAAAUGGCCGGAGUGCGGUUUGCAUUUUCCUUUACCACUGCACGCUCCGGGGUCCCCCAGGCUGUCUGCCGGGUCGCCUCGGGCCAGAAUCCUGCUCCCCAGCGCGGCGGGCCUCGUGGGGCCGCCCCACCCCCGCGCUGCGCGCCCGCACCCCACCCCGCCCCCGCGCGGCCCCGCCCCCGCGCCGUGCCGGCCCCUCCCCCGCGCCCGCCGCUGCCGCCGCCCGGCAGCCCCGCACGCCCGCCGAAGCUACGGGCUCGGCCCGGCUCCGCGCGGAGUUGCAGCGGUGGCCGGAUGCCAAGUGUAAGUGAUCUUUUAUCAAGCAGAAAUGCAUCGAACAACCAGAAUCAAGAUCACUGAGCUAAAUCCCCACCUAAUGUGUGUGCUUUGUGGAGGGUACUUCAUUGAUGCCACAACCAUAAUAGAAUGUCUACAUUCCUUCUGUAAAACGUGUAUUGUGCGUUACCUGGAGACCAGCAAGUAUUGUCCUAUCUGUGAUGUCCAAGUUCACAAGACCAGACCACUACUGAAUAUAAGGUCAGAUAAAACUCUUCAAGAUAUUGUAUACAAAUUAGUUCCAGGGCUUUUCAAAAAUGAAAUGAAGAGAAGAAGGGAUUUUUAUGCAGCUCAUCCUUCAGCUGAUGCUGCCAAUGGCUCUAAUGAAGAUAGAGGAGAAGUUGCAGAUGAAGAUAAGAGAAUUAUAACUGAUGAUGAAAUAAUAAGUUUAUCCAUUGAAUUCUUUGACCAGAACAGAUUGGAUCGGAAAGUAAAUAAAGACAAGGAGAAAUCUAAGGAGGAGGUGAAUGAUAAAAGGUAUUUACGAUGCCCAGCAGCAAUGACUGUGAUGCACCUAAGAAAGUUUCUCAGAAGUAAAAUGGACAUACCUAAUACUUUCCAGAUUGAUGUCAUGUAUGAAGAGGAACCUUUAAAGGAUUACUAUACACUAAUGGACAUUGCCUACAUUUAUACCUGGAGAAGGAAUGGUCCGCUUCCUUUGAAAUACAGAGUUCGACCUACUUGUAAAAGAAUGAAGAUCAGUCAUCAGAGAGAUGGACUGACAAACGCUGGAGAACUGGAAAGUGACUCUGGGAGUGACAAGGCCAACAGCCCAGCAGGAGGUAUUCCCUCCACCUCUUCUUGUUUGCCCAGCCCCGGCACUCCAGUCCAGUCUCCUCAUCCUCAGUUUCCUCACAUUUCCAGCACUAUGAAUGGAACCAGCAGCAGCCCCAGCGGUAACCACCAAUCUUCUUUUGCCAAUAGACCUCGAAAAUCGUCAGUAAAUGGGUCGUCAGCAACUUCAUCUGGUUGAUACCUGAGACUGUUGAGGAAAAAAAUUUUAAACCCCUGAUUUAUAUAGAUAUCUUCAUGCCAUUACAGCUUUAUAGAUGCUAAUACAUGUGACUAUCGUCCAAUUUGCUUUCUUUUGUAGUGACGUUAAAUUUGGCUAUAAAAGAUGGACUAGAUGUGAUAUUCAUAUGGACGUUAAUUGAAAAGAAAGAUUAUUUCUCGAAAGAAUUGAUUUCUGAGAAAGCAGGCAAGAUGUUUUUCUGUGUGUUAGGACAGAUGUGAAAUGGUUUCUGUAACCAUUGUUUGGAUUUGAAAAUCUUCUGCAGUGGAUAUAAACAUUGGGCCAUAGUUUGUUAAUCUCAACUAACGCCUACAUUACAUCCUCCCUGAUUGUUCUUGUUAUUAUGCUGUUUUGUGAACCUGUAGAAAACAAGUGCUUUUUAUCUUGAAAUUCAACAAAUGGAAAGAAUAUGCAUAGAAUAAUGCAUUCUAUGUAGCCAUGUCACUGUGAAUAACAAUUUCUUGCGUAUUUAGCCAUUUUGAUUCCUGUUUGAUUUUUACUUCUCUGUUGCUGCGCGAAACCGAUCAAAGGAAAGUAAACUUCAGUUUUACAAUCUGUAAGCCUAAAAGCGGGUACUACCGUUUAUUUUACUGACUUGUUUAAAUGAUUCGCUUUUGUAUGAAUCAGAUGGCAUUAUGCUUAUUGUACAAUGCCAUAUUGGUAUACGACAUAACAGGAAACAGUAUUGUAUGAUAUAUUUAUAAAUACUAUAAAGAAAAUAUUGUGUUUCAUGCAUUCAGAGAUGGUUGUUAAAAUUCUCCCAACUGGUUCGACCUUUGCAGAUACCUAUGUUUGAGCCUUAUCACCGUAGGAUAUUUUUAAUGUGGAUAUUUAAUUCUAAAUUUUGUUCCAUUGGAAGCGAUUGGCAUAUCGUAAUAUUGAUUUUUCUCUAGUAAUACCUGUUUACUUUUAAAAUUAAUAGUUGCAUUAAAGAAAAACUUUUCACUAAGGAAAUUGGAAAUGCUUUCUUCAUUUCCCAUUGCUUAUGAUGGAAUUAAUGUGUUUUUAAAAUGCAUAUUGAUCACUGUAAUUCUAAAACAAAUAUUUUAAAUAAACCAGCAAAUUGCUGGAAGAAGGCAUUUUAUCUAAAAUUAUUUUAAUAUGUGGCAUAGUGGAAAUUUCAAACUUAAGAAUUGCUGUUACAGUUAUAAACAGUGGAAUAUGCCCUCUCUGUAACGUCUGGAAAUAGAAGCAAUUUAUUGUGAGCUUCUACAGGUAUUAGUUUUUAAAUACAGUGAGCAUGUUGAAUUUAAAGUAUGAAUAUCCCCAACAAUUUUCAGUUUGUGUUUUGCUUUGGUCGAACUUGUUCAUCACCCAUCAGUUAUUUGUGAGGGUGUUUAUUCUCUAUGAAUAUUGUUUCAUGUUUGUAUGGGGAAAUUGUAGUUAAACAUUUCAUUGUCCCCCGUCUGCAAAAGAAGCACAAUUCUAUUGCUCUGUCUUGCUUAUAGUCAUUAAAUCAUUACUUUUACAUAUAUUGCUGUUACUUCUGCUUUCUUUAAAGAUACAGUAAAUGAAGUUUUAUGAAACCACAAAAUACAUAUAUUUUUAUUUUGAUCUAAAUUUGUACAGUCCCAUUGUAAGUGUUGUUUCUAAUGAUAGAUGUAAAAUUAAAUUUCAUUUGUAAUUGGAAAAAUCCAAUAAAAAGGAUAUUCAUUUAGAAAAUAGCUAAGACUUUAAUAAAAAUUUGAUAUGAAAAGCACAAUGUGCAGAAGUUUUGGAAACCCUAUUGUGGAUUACAACAGGUAAAAGCUGAAGAACAUCCAUUGCUGUCUUAGUGAUGUUGCUGAGAGUACAUGCGUUGUUGUAUAAUUGCUUGAAAGCCCAAUUGAAAGAUGUAUCUGUUUAUUUACUCUACAAUCUUUGAAGUAAAAGUUACCCAUGUUUGCCAA